AUGGGGAAAGAGUUUACAAAGACCGUGAAGAAGGUGGCCCGGGUCAUCAUUGAGAAGUACUCCACGAGCCUGGGCAACGACUCCCACACCACCAAGAGCGUGUGCAAGGAGACUGCCAUUAUUUCCAGCAAGAAGCUCCGCAACAAGAUCACAGGCUCUGUCACACAUCUGAUGAUGCAGAUUCAGGGAGGACCCGUGAGGGAUAUCUCCAUCAAGCUGCAGGGGAGAGGGAGGAGAGAGAAGAGAGAUAACUACAUGCCUGAGGUCUCAGCCCUGGAUCAGGAGAUCACUAAAGUAGACCCUGACACUAAGGAGAUGCUGAAACACUUGGACUUUGGCAGUCUGUCCAACCUGCAAAUCGCUCAUCCUAUAGUUGGGGUGAAUUUCAAAACACCGCGUGGAGCUGUUUGA